AUGGCGCCGUAGUAUUCCACGUGCUUUUAAUACAUAUGUUAAAUAAAAAAUAUAUAUAUAUAUAUAUAUUAAUUAAAAACUAACCUAAAUAGGUUUGUUUAUCGUUAUAAUUUUUGUAUAUACGAAAGAACUGUGAAGUGAUAUCAAAAUGUUGUACAAUUUCAAAAAGAUAGCCGUUGUCCCAACAUCAAAGGACUUUAUUGAUAUAAUAUUAUCAAAAACACAACGUAAAACACCUACGGUUAUUCAUAAGAAUUAUAAGAUCACAAGGAUACGUGCAUUUUAUACACGUAAAGUUAAAUUUACACAACAAAAUUUUCAUGAUAGGUUAUCACAAAUAAUACAAGAUUUUCCAAAGUUAGACGAUGUCCAUCCAUUUUAUGCCGAUUUAAUGAAUAUUUUGUACGACAAGGAUCAUUAUAAAUUAGCCCUUGGACAGAUUAAUACUGCACGUCAUUUGAUAGAUAAUGUUGCUAAAGAUUAUGUACGUUUAUUGAAGUACGGUGAUUCUUUAUAUCGAUGCAAACAAUUAAAGAAAGCGGCGUUAGGUCGUAUGGCCACUAUUAUGAAAAGACAAGCAUCCAAUUUGACGUAUCUUGAACAGGUUCGUCAACAUUUAGCUAGAUUACCAACUAUAGAUCCUUAUACACGUACAAUUAUUAUCUGUGGAUUUCCGAACGUUGGUAAAAGUAGUUUUAUCAAUAAAAUUACACGUGCCGAUGUAGACGUUCAACCGUAUGCAUUUACGACGAAAUCAUUGUACGUAGGACAUACAGAUUACAAAUAUUUACGUUGGCAAGUAAUAGAUACACCUGGUAUAUUGGAUCAUCCAUUAGAACAGAGAAAUGUAAUAGAAAUGCAAGCGGUUACCGCUCUUGCUCAUUUACGUGCAGCUGUACUUUAUUUUUGUGACAUAUCCGAACAAUGUGGACAUACAUUAGAAGAACAAGUUAAAUUAUUUGAAUCUAUUAAACCUUUGUUUACCAAUAAACCACUGUUAAUUGUAAUAAACAAGAUUGAUGUGAUACGUUUGGAAGAACUUCCUUUUGAAAAACGUGAGAUAUUGAAGCCAUUAGAAGCGGAUGAAAAUGUGCCAGUAUUAGAAAUGAGUACUUUAACAGAUUUUGGUGUUAUGGAUGUGAAAACACAAACGUGUGAACGUUUGUUAGCUUUUAGAGUCGAUCAAAAGAUCAAGACAAAGAAGGUGGAAGGUAUAUUAAAUCGAUUACAUGUUGCUCAACCAGUACCAAGAGAUGGAAAAAUUCGUCCACCAUGCAUUCCGGAAAUUGUUUUACGUAAGAAACAAGCUAUAGCCGAUAAAAUGGAACAAAAACGAAAAUUGGAAAAGGAUAUAGAGGAGGAGAUGGGCGAUGAUUAUGUACUCGAUUUGAAAAAGAAUUAUGAUAUAGAAGGAGAACAGAAAUAUGACAUUAUACCAGAAAUUUGGGAGGGUCAUAAUAUUGCUGAUUACAUUGAUCCAGAAAUAUUUGAGAAAUUAAAUCAAUUGGAACGGGAAGAACAUAUAAGAGAAGAAUCUGGUAUGUACGAUUAUAAAUUACCAGAAUUGACAGAAACUAUGCGUGAGAUUGUGGCAUUAGCCAAACAAAUUCGCGAGAAGAAAAUAAUUAUGAAGGAUGAAGCACGUAUACAAAAGGCAUCUACAAAACCGGUUAUGCCAAGAACAGCUGCUGCUAAGAUACGAGAAAGAUCUGUCUCGAAAUUGAAAGAGCAAAUGGAAGAUCUUGGCAUUGAUAUGGAAAAUACAGAAAAUGCAAACUUUACGAAAAAGAGAAGUAGAUCUAGAUCACGUUCACAAGUAGCAAAUAAAAGAAUGCGAUUGGAAUCAGUAUCACAGUCAAGAACACGCAGUGUAUCAAGACCUGCACGAGAUGAAAUGGGUAUUAAGGAUAAUGCUAUGAAAACAAAAUUGAAGAACAUAGCGCACAAGGCUUUGAAAAAGAAAAUUGCGAAGAAGGGUCUUAAGGGAGAAGCGGACAGAUUCAUUGGCACAAAAAUGCCCAAACAUUUGUUCUCUGGUAAAAGAGGAGUUGGCAAGACCGACAGAAGAUAAAAAUAUUUAUCUUAAUAUUUCUAAACUUUUUUUUUUUUUUUUUUUUUUUAAAGGAGCAAUUGAUCUAUAUCAUUUU